ACAGAUAACCUUACUUAUUUAGUAUUAUCAAAUCCUCUUAUAACACCCUCUAGUAGUCAUACUAUAGCCGAUAUCUUUGAUCCUGACUUUAUCCGACCGAGUUUACUAAUCCUAGUCCCUCCCUCUCUUAUACGUGUCGGACCGAAUCGGCGAAAGGAUUUUGUUCUCUACGAGAAUAUGAAGGAAGAGCAAGAUCAAUUAGGAUUUAACUUAUCAUACUCUAAUUUGGGAGAAGUUUGA